GGAGAACGCUCACAGCGGGAGAAGCCACUCGGUGAGCAGUUGCUGUGCAUUACAGUUACACCGGUGUGGAUGGUAAUCAUAAGUACGACGAAGUUAUUCCCUGGGAUAUUCCGCUGCAUAUAUAGGAUGGAGUGAUGAUGGGAUGGAUGUGAAUAUGGGCCAGUGGGCAGGCAUGCGUGCCCCUCUGCUCGGCCUCAUCUUGCUGCUGCUGUUGUUUCUCUUCAAACCACCACCCUGCUGCGGCCAGAACACCCAAGGGCCCCCUCCGAAUACACCUCAUUUUGGUUUCACUCACCCUGUAUACCAUGCCACAGUCUAUGAAAAUUCAGCUGCUCGCACCUAUGCCAACAGUAAAAUUAAAAUGGGCAUCCACCUGGCACAGCGCUCCUGGGAGAUUCGCUACAGAAUCACAUCAGGAGAUGAUGAGGGUUUUUUCAAAGCUGAGGAGUAUGUGCUGGGCGACUUCUGCUUCUUGCGCAUAAGAACCAAAGGUGGCAAUGCUGCCAUCUUAAACAGAGAAAUACAGGACAACUAUGUUUUGACAGUCAAAGCCUCCAUUAAGGGAGAGGCGCUACUCGAGACCUGGGCUAAGGUCAGCAUCCAAGUCUUGGAUAUGAAUGAUCUUCGUCCAUUGUUUUCCCCGACCACUUACUCUGUGACCAUAGCAGAAAGCACCCCACUCAGGACUAGCAUAGCUCAAGUUACGGCUACCGAUGCUGACAUCGGCUCCAAUGGGGAGUUUUACUAUUUUUUCAAAGAAAAACGAGAGCUUUUUGCAGUGCAUCCAACAAGUGGUGUUGUGUCCCUCAGUGGAAAGCUCAAUGUUGAGGAACAAAGCCGGUAUGACUUGGAAAUACUGGCAGUGGACCGCGGCAUGAAGCUUUAUGGAAAUAAUGGAGUCAGUAGCACGGCCAAACUCUUUGUCCAUGUUGAGCGUGUAAAUGAGAAUGCACCCCUUAUCAAAGUGAUCACCCACAACCCCUCUUGGCUUGAUAAAAACUCAGUGUAUGCCAUAGUCACUGUUGAAGACCCAGAUGAAGGUUUAAAUGGUGAUGUAGACUCUGUAGUCAUAGUUGGAGGAGACCUCUCUGAUCAUUUUUACAUUGAAAGAGCUGAUGAAGGCGAGUUUGUCAUAAAGGCCUCCGAGACAAUUAACUGGGAGACUUACCCACAUGGCUGCAACCUCACACUACAAGCUAAAGACCGAGGCAACCCACCAAAAUUCUCUGCUGUCAAAGUUGUCCAUGUUGUCGUUACCAACCAACCAAUAGUGGAUAUCAAGUUUGAGCAUGAGUUUUAUGAUGUUAAUUUGAGUGAAAUAGCACCACCAAGCACAAUUGUACAGGCUGUGAAAAUAAAACCAGAGCCAGAUGAUGCAGAAUAUAUCUUGAUCCCCUCCGCAGAUUCCACAUUUUUUCAAAUAAAUACUAUAACAGGAGUCAUCUCCACCACUCGUUGGUUUACCCAGGUAGCUCAGAAUGUAUUUAACCUGGAGAUUAUGGAAAUUGAUAGUGAGCUCAAAGUUAAAGUCCAGAUUUCUAUUGAGGAUGCCAACGACAAUACGCCAACAUUUACUCAGUCCUUUUACAAGGCUUUUGUCAACGAGAGUGUACCAGUUGGGACCACUGUAUUAACUGUUUCUGCAAUUGAUUUGGAUAAAGGAGAAAAUGGAUACAUAACUUACAGUAUUUCCAGUCUUGUGACACUGCCAUUCAAAAUUAAUCAGUUCUCUGGUGUCAUCAGCACCACAAAAGAGUUGGACUUUGAAUCAUCGUCAGAGAGCUUCAUGUUUGUAGUCAGAGCAUCUGACUGGGGCUCACCUUAUCGGCGAGAAAGUGAAGUAAAUGUUACUAUUCAGCUGGAGAAUACCAAUGAUAACCAGCCCUUGUUUGAGAAAGUAGCAUGUCAGGGUGUGAUCUCCAGAGACUUCCCAAUGGAUGAAGUCAUCACAACAAUGUCCGCUAUUGAUAUUGAUGAGUUGGAUCUAGUAAAAUAUAAAAUAAUUUCAGGUAAUGAAUGGGGGUACUUUGACCUCAACCCUGAUUCAGGAGUACUUGCAUUGAGACGGCCCUUGGCUACAGCCAAUCCAAAGAAUGGUGUCUUCAGUCUCAAAAUAACUGCCACAGAUGGUGAGAAUUUUUCUGAACCCAUGUUUGUUAACAUUUCACUUGUUCAUGGGAAAUCUUCUCCCAAAGGAUUUAAUUGCAAGGAAACAAGGGUAGCUCAAAAAUUAGCAGAGAAAUUACUCAAAAAGUCAAAAAUAAGCAACAAGCCCAAAAUAGAAGAAGGUUUUAUUGACCUUUUUUCCGUCAAUCGGCAAAUGCCCCAGUUUGAAAGCUCUUUUCCUGCUGAUAUUUCUGUGGUUGAAGAUCUAAUGGUAGGCUCAAGUGUUUUCCAGAUUAAUGCUUACGAUGGGGACACGGGUUUCAAUGGCCGCCUUAUUUACUCAAUUUCAGAUGGGAAUAUUGAUAGCUGUUUUACAAUUGAAAUGGAGACAGGUCUUAUUCGCGUCUUUCUUCCCAUGGACAGAGAGAAAAGAGAUCGUUAUCUCCUCAACGUAACUAUCUAUGACCUUGGCCUGCCACAGAAAGCUGCCUGGCGGUUGCUUACUGUCUACAUCACGGAUGCCAAUGAUAACGCACCUCGGUUUUUACAAGAAGGAGGUUAUAGAAUUGUCAUACCUGAAAACACAGCCAUAGGGACAGAUGUCAUUCAAGUGGAGGCCAUUGACAAAGAUCAUGGACCUAAUGGGGAAGUCUUCUACUCUUUUUUGACCAGCACAACCCACUUUGGUAUCAACUCCACAAAUGGCAUAGUGUAUGUUGCUGGGCAACUUGACAGGGAGUUUGGCUCGACUUUAUUUUUGAAAAUUGAGGCUCGAGACAAGGCAGAUAAAGGGAGCCAGAGGUUUUCUGUAACCUCAUUAAAAGUCAUACUGGAAGAUGUAAAUGACUGUCCCCCACUCUUUAUCCCAACUGUGUACAAAGCCAGGGUUCUAGAGGAUCUCCCAGUUGGAACACUUGUGGCCUGGAUAGAGACCCAAGACUUAGAUCUCGGUUUGGGUGGCCAAGUCCGCUACUCUUUAGCCAAUGACUACAACGGAUGGUUUGAGAUAGACAAAGUAAGCGGAGCUAUUCGUCUGACCAAGGACCUGGACUAUGAGACCCAGCAGAUCUACAACCUCACCGUUCGGGCCAAAGACAAGGGAAAACCAGUUUCUCUUCUCUCUGUCACCUAUGUGGAGGUAGAGGUCCUGGAUGUUAAUGAAAACCUCUAUACGCCAUACUUUUCCCAGUUUGCCUUGUCAGGAUUAAUUAAAGAAAACGCACGUAUUGGAUCUACCCUUCUGCAAGUCAGCGCUAAUGACGAGGAUGAUGGCAGAGAUGGAGAAAUACAAUACUCUAUUCGAGAUGGGAGUGGACUCGGACGGUUUGCCAUUGAUGAAGAAACAGGAGUGAUCUACACAACAGACAUGCUAGAUCGCGAGACCAAGGACUCCUAUUGGCUAACAGUGUAUGCCAGUGACCAUGGUGUGGUCCCUCAGUUUGGCACAAUUGAAGUAUUCAUCCAAGUGGAGGAUGUAAACGACAAUGCCCCCCUGACGUCUGAGCCGCUGUACAGGCCAUCAAUACCAGAGAACUCUCCUCGAGAUUUUUCUGUGGUCCAAAUCCAAGCCCAGGAUCCCGACGCCACACCACACGCAUCAUCGACUGAUCGGCUCAACUACCGCAUCAUCAGCGGAAACCCGCAGAAUUUCUUCACCAUCAACCCUCGGACUGGUCUAAUUACAACAACCUCGAGAAAACUGGACCGUGAACAACAAACUGAACAUGUUUUAGAGGUGAUGGUGUCAGAUGGUGGGCCCAGUCCGAGGCAGACUACAGUGUGGGUGAUGGUGCAGGUUCUAGAUGAAAAUGACAACAAGCCAACAUUUCCAGAGAAAGUCUACCAAGUCAAACUACCGGAGAGGGAGCGCAGAAAGAAGGGGGAGCCUAUCUACCGCGUCUUUGCUUAUGACCGCGAUGAUGGACCCAACGGAGACCUUUCUUACAGCAUUGUGGAUGGCAAUGAAGAUGGGAAAUUCUUCAUUGAUCCCAAGACUGCAAUGGUGUCAUCUCGCAAGGCCUUCACUGCUGGGAGCUACGAUAUCCUGACAAUCAAGGCAACAGACAAUGGUCGUCCUCAGAAGUCCUCUACAGCUCGCCUCCACAUUGAGUGGAUCCGCCGUCCUCCAGCCACGGCUCUGCCACCUCUAUUUGAUGAGCCUUUCUACAAUUUCACUGUUAUGGAAAAUGAUAAAGUCACAGAAAUUGUUGGCGUGGUCUCCAUGCAGCGGAGUUCAGCACCCUUAUGGUUUGACAUCACAGGUGGGAACACAGACAGUGUAUUUGAUGUCGAGAAGGCCAUGGGCACCAUCAUCAUCGCCAGGCCUUUGGAUGCUGAGCAACGCUCUUUUUAUAACCUAACUGUGCAGGCUACAGAUGGCAUCAACAUCGCAUACACACAGGUUCACAUCACUGUUACUGACAACAAUGACAACGCUCCCAUCUUCUCCCAGCCAUUCUAUGAUGUCACUAUUUCUGAGGACACACCCCCUGACAGUGAAGUGGUUCAGGUCCUAGCAUUGGACAGAGAUGAGAAUCAUCAGCUGAGUUAUUCCUUGCAAAGUGCAAUAGACCCAAACAGCAUGCGUCUGUUCCGCAUCGACCCCACCAUAGGGACUAUCUACACAACCCAGAGUUUGGACCAUGAGGCUUGUGCACAGCACAUACUUACUGUUAUGGUAAAAGACAAAGAAUUCCCAUACCGUAAGAACUUGGCUCGUGCCUUGGUAGAGGUGGAAGAUAUAAAUGACCACGUACCGAUAUUUACUAGUGCACUUUAUGAGGGUUCAGUCUAUGAGUCAGCAGCUGUGGGAUCAGCUGUUGUACAGGUGACUGCUUUGGACAAAGACAAGGGGAAGAAUGGAGAACUUCACUACUCCAUUGAAUCGGGGAACAUUGGAAAUUCAUUUCAUAUUGAGCCAGUUUUGGGAAUCAUCACAGUUGCACAUGACCUUGACUUGUCCAGUAUAGGUCACUACAUACUCACUAUCAGAGUCACAGACAAUGGCUCCCCCUCUCUCUCCACAACCACGAUAGUGCGUAUAGCUGUUACACUCUCAAAUAAUGCAGGUCCAAAGUUCCCUCAACCUGAGUAUCAAGCCGACAUCACAGAAAAUGCAGUGAUUGGAACCUCUGUCACCACAAUCAGUGCAAUGAGUCGAUCCACGCUUACUUAUGAGAUCAAACAAGGCAACUCUGAUCGUUUUUUUCAGAUAAACCAGUAUAGUGGAGUAAUUACAACUCAAAAGUCUCUGGACUAUGAAGUUAGAGCAUCAUUCACUCUCACAGUACAGGCUACCAACAUGGCUGGCUUGGCCUCCAAUGCAACUCUUUUGAUUCAAGUUUUGGAUGAAAAUGAUAACGCACCAGUGUUCAAGCAACUUCACUAUCAUGGCAGCAUCAGUGAAGCUGCACCAAUCAACAGUCUUGUUUUAAACACAGAAGAUUUCCCACUAGUUAUCAAGGCCACUGAUGCUGAUCAUAACCAGAAUGCUCUGCUCGUAUAUCAGAUUGUCGAAGACACAGCAAAAAUGAUUUUCACGGUGGACUCAGGUACUGGCUCUAUCAGGACCAUUGCAAAUCUUGAUCAUGAGACGUCUUCUAUCUUCCACUUCCAUGUUCAAGUCAGAGAUAAUGGCAGACCACAGUUGACAGCAGACAGCCCAACUGAAGUCACAGUACAAGUCAUUGACACAAAUGAUUCACCACCUCGUUUCACCCAGAGUAACUAUGAAACAGUUGUGCUUCUCCCCACCUAUACAGGAGUGGAAGCGCUGCAGGUGUCAGCCAUAGAUCCAGACAAACAUGUGACAGGACUCACCUACUCUUUCACAGAUGGAGCACUGGAACAUUUUUUCAUCCAACCUUCCAAUGGAAUUAUAAUUGUUAAAAACAACACUUUUUCCAGAGAACGUUUCCGCUUCACUGUCAAAGUCUCAGAUGGGAAAUUUUCCACCACAGCCAUGGUAACCAUUCUUUUGAGAGAAGCUCUGGAUUCUGGUUUAAGCUUCACCAAUAAUCUUUACACUUCGUUAAUUCAAGAGAAUGUUUCUAACAUCACCAAGGUAGCUGUAGUCAAUGCUGUUGGAAACCGUCUUAAUGAACCUUUGAAGUACAAAUUAUUGAACCCUGGUAAACGCUUCAAAAUCCGUCCAACUUCUGGGGUGAUCCAAACCACAGGUCUGCCAUUUGACCGUGAAGAGCAAGAAUUCUAUGAACUGAUUGUUGAAGCAAGAAGGGAGCAUGACCGUCUGCACGUAGCCAGAGUUAUGGUGAAAGUCCAGGUGGAAGACAUCAACGACAAUGCCCCUAUAUUUGUUGGGCUUCCUUAUUAUGCAGCUGUUCAAGUAGAAGCUGAGCCAGGAUCCCACAUUUUCAAAGUUAUGGCAGUUGAUGGGGAUAAAGGAAUUAAUGGAGAGGUCUCUUAUUACCUCAAGGACGACCAUGGUCAUUUCGAAAUCAAUCGACAAACAGGAAAUCUUAAGCUGAAGAGAGCCUUUGAGUCUGACCUAUCUAAUGUGGAAUACCUGAUGGUGAUAUACGCAAGGGAUGGUGGUUAUCCACCUCUCUCUUCUACAAUUGAAUUUCCGAUUACAGUUGUCAACAAAGCCAUGCCUGUCUUUGACAAAUCAUUUUAUUUGGUGUCUGUUAAUGAGGACGUGGCAGUGCACACACCUGUCAUUGGUAUUAAUGCAACUAGUCCUGAAGGUCAGACUAUCUUUUACACAAUAGUUGAUGGCGAUCCAGCUCUUCAGUUUGACAUUGGUUUUGACACAGGAGUCAUAAGUGUCAUACAUUCCUUGGACUAUGAAAUAGCAUCAUAUUAUCAUCUGACCAUAAGAGCAACUGACUAUUUAACUGGUGCCCGUUCUGAGGUUGAUGUGAAUGUGGUCAUUCAGGAUGUUAAUGACAAUGUCCCCAUCUUUCAGAAAAUGUCCUACUCCGUAGUUUUAUCGGAAACAGCAGUGAUUGGAACUCCAGCUCUUCGAGUAAUUGCUACUGACAAAGACUCUGAAAAGAAUAAUAUUGUUCUUUACCAGAUCUUAUCCGAUUCACAUAACAACACAGACUGUUUUCACAUCGAUAGCAGCAGUGGACUAAUUCUGACUGCCCGUAUGCUGGACUAUGAACAAGUCCAGAAGUAUGACUUCAUCGUCAGAGCAACUGAUAAUGGCUUUCCACCUUUGAGUAGUGACAUGUCUGUCACAGUUGUGGUGAAUGACACAAAUGACAAUGCUCCAAUUUUCAACCAGCUUCUUUAUGAAGCCCACGUGAAUGAGCUGGCACCAAAGGGUCAAUUUGUAACCUGCGUCCAAGCCUCGGAUGCAGACGAUUCCGAUUUCGCCAAACUGGAAUACAGUAUUUUGUCUGGAAAUGAAAAGACAAUCUUUGUGAUGGAGAAAAGGACUGGAAUUAUCACUUUGUCCAGCCACAAUAAAGAAAGGAUGGAACCUGUUUACAGCCUUAAUGUUUCAGUGUCAGAUGGGGUCUUCACCAGCACUGCACAAGUUCAUGUUAAAGUGGUGGGAGCCAAUUUGUAUAGCCCGAUAUUUGAACAGACUGUAUAUGAAGCAGAGCUAAGAGAAAAUGCUGCAGUUGGAACCAAAGUUAUACAGGUACAGGCAGCUGAUGCGGACCCUGGUGCUUUUGGUCAUGUGGCUUAUUCCUUCGUCAAUGAUGUUGGCAAGAACCAGUUCAGGAUCGAUGCAAAUGGCCAAAUCACCACAGUGGAAAAGCUUGAUCGUGAGGACCCUGCAAAUAAAGACACAGUCUUGACUGUGCUCGCCCAAGACUCAGGUGGACGUGUUUCUUACUGUACAGUACAAGUUACCCUCCUGGAUGACAAUGAUAAUGCACCUCAUUUCAGUGCCACUGAAUACAGAGCGUCUGUCAAGUCUGAUGUUGCUCAUGGCUUUUUAGUGACACAGAUUCAGGCCAGUGAUCCUGAUGAUGGCAUCAAUGCCAGGGUUACAUAUUCUCUCUACAGUGAGGCACAUGUCCCUGUGGCAGACAUUUUGGAGAUUGAUCCUGAAAAUGGCUGGAUGGUGACAAAAGGAAGCUUCAGCCAUUUGAGAAACUCUGUGUUAUCUUUUUUUGUAAAAGCCAUGGAUAAUGGAAAUCCAGUUCGCCACUCUCUAGUGUCAGUCUACAUUCAUGUUCUUUCUCCAGAUUCCAUCAUUCCCUCAUUUAGUCAUCAUCCAUAUUCAUUCAGCAUACCAGAGGACACACUAAUAGGCUAUGCUAUUGGUAUGGUUCGCCUUAACAAUCCUCCUGGAUAUGACACGCUUAUCGCUGCAUUUUCCCUGGUUAAUGGAGAAAAUGGAGAAAACAACAAAGAUGAAAUGUUUGUGAUUGAAAAGGAUACUGGGGUGAUAAAGAUAGAUAAGCUCCUGGACCAUGAGCAUAUCAAAGAAUACCACUUCAAAGUUAUUGCAACUGUGCAACAAGCCAAGCUGAAUUCUGUAACUUCUGUUGAUGUUAAUGUUAAAGUACUAGACCUAAACGACAAUAAACCAUGUUUUGAGGCCAUCUCCUAUGAAGCCACAGUUUUGGAAGGAAUGCCAAUUGGAACCAGAGUUAUUCAAGUCCAAGCACAUGAUCCAGAUUCAUCUGCCAAUGGACAAGUAACAUAUAGUCUUGGAGACUUUGUCAAUUCAGAAGUUGAGACUACAUUAAUUGGAAUUUUCAGUAUUGACUCCAACGCAGGCUGGAUUUCCACCCGCAAGACCCUGAACCAUGAGUCCAAUCCAUCAUACACAUUCACAGUGAUUGCCUCAGAUCUCGGGGAGGCAUUAUCUCUUUCCAGCACUACCACUGUUACAGUGGCAGUAUCAGACAUCAAUGACAACCCACCCAUUUUCUUGGAGCAGCGAUAUGUUGGUACAGUUAACGAGAGUGACUCACCAGGAGAAGUGGUUGCUGUGCUGAACACAAAAGAUGAUGACAGUUCUGCCAUUAACCGACAAGUCAGCUAUCACAUUACAGGUGGAAACUAUCGUGGUGUGUUUGCACUGGGUCUAGUUCAGGGUGAAUGGAAAAUGUACGUGAAAGGGCAGUUGGACAGGGAGGAACGCAGCCUCUACAUUAUUAAUGUCACUGCAAGCGAUGGACUAUUUGUUUCCCAAGCAACCGUGGAAGUCACAGUGAUGGACGCCAAUGAUAACAAACCCAUCUGUGAACAGGCACUCUAUACUGCAUCUGUUCCGGAGAAUAUCCCAGUGAAUAGUGUGCUGGUAAGGGUCGGUGCCACUGAUAAAGAUGUGGGCAUCAGUGCUUGGAUCCAGUAUUCCUUGCAUGGCCGUGGAUCACAUGACUUCAGUAUCGACCCAGACACUGGUGAGAUCAAGUCAUCUGUAACUCUGGAUCGAGAGGUGACACCCAACUAUUGGCUGGUUGCCCUGGCAACUGAUGGUGGUGGGCAGUGGUGCCGUGUUGAGUUGUGGGUGGAAGUGACUGAUGUGAAUGACAACCCACCAGUCUUUACCCUGCCACAAUAUACAGCAAGUGUAUAUGAAGACACUGCUACUAAAGCCCUUCUCACUCGCAUCCAAGCCAUAGACCCAGAUGAAGCUGGUCCAGGGCGUACGGUUGUCUACUCCUUGGCAGAUUCAGCUGAUGGUUCAUUCUCUAUUGAUAAGUCAACAGGCAUCGUGGUACUUGAACGCAUCCUUGACAGAGAGAUUCAGCCAUCUUAUCAGUUAAUAGUCCGCGCAUCAGAUGAGGGUUCACCUAUUCCCCUUUCUUCAUUGAUCAAUGUUACAAUCACUGUAUUGGACAUAAAUGACAAUCCCCCGGUGUUUGAACGCCGCGAUCAGUUGGUGACCAUCCCAGAGGAUGUGGCAGUGGGCACCAAGAUGCUCACGGUGUACGCCGCCAGCAAGGACAUAGGAACUAAUGCUGAGAUUACCUACAGUAUACGAUCAGGAAAUGAGCAUGGAAAGUUCAGUAUCCAUUCUCUUUCUGGAGCCAUUUUAGUUGCCCAGGCCCUGGAUUAUGAAACUUGCAGGGACUACUUCUUAACAGUGGAGGCUCAAGAUGGGGGAACGCCUCCAUUGAAUGCCAUUACUACAGUGAACAUAAAUGUAACGGACGUCAAUGACAAUGCCCCCAUGUUCAGCCGUGACCUGUAUACCGCUGUUGUGUCAGAGGACGCCACCAUUGGAGAAUCUGUUGUACAGCUGGUAGCAGAAGAUAUGGACAGUCAGCUGAAUGGGGCCAUCCUCUACUCCAUUGUAAGUGGGGACCGAGACAACCAGUUCUUCAUUGACCCACUCAGCGGGAUCGUCAAGGUCAACAAGCAUCUAGACCGUGAGACAGUUCCUGGCUACUCAUUAUCCAUCAGAGCUCUGGAUAGUGGAAUGCCACCUCUGUCCUCCACUGCUAUGGUCAAGAUUGAUGUCUCUGACAUCAAUGACAAUCCGCCUAACUUCUCACCUGCCAACCUCACCACUGUGAUCCAGGAAAACAAGGCAAUUGGCACCAGCAUCAUCCAGCUGUCCGUUAUCGACCUGGACUCAUCCCACAACGGCCCACCAUUUGACUUCCACAUUUUAUCCGGAAAUGAGGGAGGAGAAUUUGAGCUGGAGCAAGACGGAACACUUGUGGCCAAUCAGGUGUUCAGAAGGGACCUGGCAACCAAAUAUGUUGUCCAUAUACAGGUGACCGACUCUGGACAGCCUCGCUUGUCCUCAUCCUCCAUUCUGACAGUCAGGGUGAUUGAGGAGAGCCUACACAGGCCUGUAGCGCUGCCACUAGAGAUUCAUAUUGUCACCAUGGAAGAUGAGUUUCCGGGUGGUGUCAUUGGAAAGUUGCAUGCCACAGAUGCGGACCCCUACGAUGCAUUGACAUUUGGCCACGCCCCACCAGCCCAUCGCAGUCUCUUCAAGAUUAGCCCUCGUGAUGGAAAGAUCAUUGCCCUGGGAGGUUUGGAUGCUGGCAGAUAUUCUCUGAAUGCCAGUGUUAGUGAUGGCCGGUUUGCUGUCCCUGUGCCCGUCAGCGUGCAUGUUGAGCAGGCAACGCCUGAGAUGUUGCGUGAGGCUGUGACGGUUCGCUUUGAGAGUGUUGCUCCACAAGACUUUGUUGCCUCACACCUGAAAAGCGUGUUAAAGGUGUUGCAGCAAGCGGCCACCUCUCAGCAACGGGAUGCUCUGCAGCUGCUCAGCUUGCAGCCAGUUGGUGGAACUAAACAGCUGGACAUGCUUGUCGCUGUGGAAACAGCUGAGGGCGGAUACUACAAGGCAGCUUACCUCACUCAGAAGCUUAGUGCUUCCCGGCGGCGGCUAGAGGAGGUCCUUAAAGUCUCGGCCAUCUUGGAUAAAAAUUGCUCAGGUCUGGAUUGUCGUGGGGCCCAGUGUGAACAAAACAUAAUCUUGGAUUCACACAACCUGGCAACGUACAGCACUCCACGAGUCAGCUUUGUCUCACCGCGAUUCCAUCGGACGUCACGCUGCACAUGCGCUGACGCCAACUGUGCUGCUUUGUCAGAACAAUGUGAAGACCAGCAGUGCCCAGCAGACAUGCAAUGCGUUUCGGUGGAUGUGACCAGAGGGCGGUAUGCAUGUCAAUGUCCACCGGGCAAACUUGGAGAGUGUGCAGGCCAUUCAUCUUUAAGUUUCUCAGGUAACAGCUACAUCAAAUACCAGCUUUCAGAGCGACUCCAAACAGAGCUGAAACUCAGUCUGAGAAUCAGAACAUUGCAGACUAGAGGAAUCAUCAUGUACACUCAUAGUGAGCCUUGCACCAUGCUUAAGCUGGACGAGGGAAAGCUGUGGUUCCAGCUCAGCUGCACACCUGACACUGCAGGUAGUGACAGUCCCGACAUGUUGGGCAUCUCUGGCCGGCGGAUCAAUGAUGGCAGCUGGCACACGGUGGCAAUGGAGCUCAACCGCAACUUCAGCAGUCUCUCUCUGGAUGACAGCUAUGUUGAAAGGCGCCAUGGGCAAGCCUAUGUGCAAUUGUUUGCUCCAGACAGAACCAUCUACUUUGGAGCAGUGGUGCAGCAUCCCACUUCACGCAGCCUCGUUGACUCCCAAAAGGACCCGAAAGUGCUUGAGGGCUUCCAAGGCUGCCUGGACUCGGUCAUGCUGAACAACAAUGAGCUGCCACUGCAGAAUAAGCGGUCACACUAUGCUGAGGUGGUGGGACUUACAGAGCUCAAGUUGGGCUGCGUCCUCUUCCCUGAUGCCUGUCUGCAGCAGCCAUGUCACAAUGGGGGAAGCUGUAUCAGCCUGCCUUCUGGUGGAUUCUCAUGCAGCUGUAACCCCUUGUACACUGGUGGGCGCUGUGAAAUCGAGAUAACGGCAUGUGUACCCAAUCCAUGUAAGAACGGUGGGAUGUGUAAGGCUAUCGGCAAUGCGUUCCUCUGCAGUUGUAGAAGAGGCUUUAUGGGUCUGACCUGUGAGAAGGAUGUGAACGAAUGUGACCACAGCAAUCCCGAGGGCGAGUGUGAGAAUGGUGGGAUCUGUGUCAACACGCACGGUUCCUUCUACUGUAACUGCACUGCGGGCUUUGUGGGACAGCGUUGCAGCCUGCGGCCCGUUGUCGUCCCGGACAUGCAAGCUGGGCACGCAGUAGUCGGAAAGGAGGAGUUGAUUGGCAUCGCCGUGGUGCUGUUUGUCAUCACCACCCUCAUCAUCCUCUUCAUCGCUUUCCGCAAGAAGGUCUUCCAAAAGAGCUACUCGCGAAACAACUUGUCGCUGAUCCAGGACCCCGCCACAGCAGCCCUUCUCAACAAAGCCAAUGGUGUUCAGUUUAAGACCCUGCAUUGCACAGCAGGAGACCCCAUCAAUCUUUAUUCAGAAACCGGACUGGGGCCCACCGUGGUGGGAGCGGGUGGGAUGAUGGGACCUCCACAGGUCCCGGUCAGGCCCAUGGCAUACACUCCUUGUUUUCAGGCUGAUCCAAGGGCAACAUUGGAAAAGAUGGUGGAUGGGCGCACAGUGGAACAUACAGAGAUGAGCACCUUUCACCCAGAGUCGCCACGGAUUUUGUCCGGGUCCACCAGGAGGGGGGUUGUGGUGUGCAGCGUGGCCCCAAACCUACCCCCAGUUUCCCCUUGUCGAUCAGACUGUGAUUCCAUACAAAAGAACCCGUGGGACAGUGAUGACGGUAAGAUGGUUGACAUGGCCGAGGAAAUAACUUGUCUCUCGGGGAGCAACAAGGGCAGUAAUUCAGAGGUCCAGUCGCUGAGUUCGUUUCAGUCCGACUCCUGUGAUGACAAUGCCUCCAUAGUGACCGUCAUUCGACUGGUCAAUGACGCUGUCGACACAAUCGAAAGUGAAGUGUCAGUCAUGGACCAAAGUCAAACCUUCAACAGAGCAUAUCACUGGGACACAUCAGACUGGAUGCCAAGCACUAAACUGUCAGACAUCGAAGAGGUGCCAGGCUACGAGGCUUGUCCCGGGGGCAUUGCAGUGGGCACCGCUUCACGACUCGGAGGAAGCACUCGUGAAUUAGAGUCUGACUACUACCUUGGGGGUUUCGACGUUGACAGCGACUACCCACCUCCCCAUGAAGAAGAAUUCUUUAGCCGAGACCAAUUGCCUCCUCCGUUGCCCGUCGGAGAGGAUUAUGCAGAGCCCCAUACUGCCCUACCUGCUAACUUGCCAGAUUCCAAGGCGAGCACCUUGAGUUCUGGUGACACUGGACAUCAGCAUGGCAGGCUUCAUUUCCACCCCAGUCAAUACUUGCCCCCCCAUCAGAUUCCAACGGGGGAGGCAGCACACGGGGACGUCAGUACUUCGGUGAGCGGGGUUGCCUCAAAAACUGGUGACAACGGUGAUUCUGUCUCUCUAAAUAUGCGUCUGUCAAUUGGAGCAUCAUCAGCGUCGGACGUGUCGGCCCCAUGUGGGCUGGAUGACUCAGAACAUGGCAGCAAUUUUGAUAGUAUGGACGAACUGCGUCGAGGGGUCACCAUCACCACUGAGUCGCAGCAACAAACAGAGGUGUGAUUGAUUGUAUAGUGACGUCUCAUCAAGAAAACACAGUGGUGCAGAAACAUCGCCGUAUGGUAGGAAAAUGCUUUUGAAAAAGUUCCAUUGAUCGAUUAAUACAACAAUGAGAAUAUGAAAAUGAUGAUAACAUUGUUAAAGCAUCAUCCAUAGUAUUUCUGCAUUGAAUCACACGUUAAAAAAGUCAUUCCUUUUUUUUAUUUACAGAAGUGCCCUUUGUAAUUCCACAGGAAGUCAUACGUAAUGUCAGAAUAAUUGGAUAGAGAAUGUUGAGAAAGAUUAAUUCACAAGUGAUUCAUGUUUAGAAAUAUUAUGAGGAAAUGUAGAAAACAGAAAGGACAAUAAUGUAAGUGAAAUGAUUGUUUGAUUUCCUGCUGACUAACAGAUGCCAAAGGAGUACUUCUUUCUCGAAACACAGACAUCCUCCCCUAAUACUGCCUUCCUGUUUUUCUUUAUUGCACAAUUUAAAGUGCUUGUACAGACUUUGUAUGAUAAAAUAACCUGACUUGUAAUCAGGUGUGAGGGGAAAAAAUGCUUUUCCUAAGAGACAUGUAUUUUAUUUCAUGUGGAAUGUGCCCCUGAAACCAUGACUAGUAUUGUAUGAAAGCUAAGGGCUGCUGUUGUUGCUAAUAUACGUGUACAUACUUUCAGUUAAGUUCUGUUAUUUGGGACUCACACAUCGAGAUUCUCCUCUGAAGCACAGUGUCAUCAUUUAUGAACAGUAACAUUUGAGUGUAGCUUUACGUAUAGAGACCACACAGUACUUUUGGUGUUGUUUAGUUAUCUUCUUUUUCAACAGUAAGUAAUUCUUUUGUAGGGAUGUGUUCCAACAAUACAAUCCAUCCAUCACUGUGAGGCCGAUGUGCUAACCAGCCGACCACCGUGCUGCCUCCAAAAGCAACCCCCAAUAUUAUAUCUGUGCAAAUGGUCUGAGUAAUGGUCAU